GCCCUAGCGACAGCUGUUGUGCAGCUCUUCUUGACCGAGGAACCCAAUCAUGCAACGUGGGUUAAAAAGAACUGUGGUGUGGUCUGUUUUGUCAGAGAUGGUGAUCGCCGAUCAUAUUUCAUUAAACUGUUUGAUAUGGAUAAAAGUGCAUGGAUAUGGGAGCAAGAACUAUACAAUCAAUUUGUAUAUAAACAACCAUGCCCUUUUUUUCACACUUUUGAAGCUGAUAACUGUAUGGCCGGUUUGAAUUUUGCCAGUAAUGAAGAAGCUCAAGAUUUUAAAGCAGCAGUACAAAAGAAGCUGCAGGAACGAGAGAGAAGGAAGAGAGAAAAAAGGCGAGCUCAACAGAAUGUUCAGCCUUCAAAUGCUGGUAUAAUAGCAGCACGAGCAAAGUCAGAAUCUAUGCAGUCACUCUCUAAUGGAAGGGAUGUAAGGCAAGAGAAAAGAAAGAAGAAGAAGCUUACAAAAGAAGAUAUCAGUAAUCCUACUAAUUUCACACAUGUGCAACAUGUAGGGUGGCAUCCAGAAACAGGAUUUAGUCUUGAAAGUGUAGAUAAAGAAUUAAAGGAUUUCUUUAGUUUAGCUGGAGUCUCAGACAAAGAUUUAAAUGACAGUGAGACACGAAAUUUCAUUUAUGAUUUUAUUAAUAACCAUGGAGGGGUAGAACAAGCAAAGAGAGAAACAGUUCAAAAAAGUGCUCCUCCUCCUGUGCCAACUAGAGAUGUUCUUCAGACACCUCGUCCACAUCGUGUGCCACCUACAAGAUCAGCAGCACCGCCACCACCACCUCCUCCUUUACCUUCUCAGCCACCUGCUGUUCAACCUGCUCUUCCAUCACUACCAAAAUCUGAUGCUGCUCCUCUCCCACCUCCUCCUCCCCCACCACCUCCCCCACCAGUACCUUCUGCUGGAGCACCACCUCCACCUCCACCGCCACCUCCGCCACCAGGAGCAAAACCUGCCACUUCAGAUUUUCAUCAGUCUACUCCUUCUGUAGAUAAUCGGUCAGCCUUACUUGAUCAGAUAAGAAGAGGGAAAGAACUCCAUCAUGUUGAAACCAAUGGCAAUGCUGCUGCAAAUCAACCAGCAGGUGAUGAUACAAGAGGAGCUCUUCUGAAUCAAAUAAGACAAGGAGUUGUUCUCAAAUCUGUAUCAGAAGACUCUCGGCCCACUUCAGUUCCUAAUCCUCAAGAUGGUUUGGCAGGUGCACUUGCAAGGGCUUUACUUGAACGGAGUCGAGCUAUUCAUCAGACAGAUGAAAGUGAUAGCAGUAGUGAAGAUGAUUAUGGUGAUGAUUGGGACUAAUACUGUGUUAGUCUUAAAGAUGUAUUUUAAUGGGAAUUGUCAACUGUAGGUGAUAAUAGUUGCCAUUCCCAAAUGUAGAAAAAUUUAUCUGGAGAAUUUUAUUCUUGAAAACCCUGUGAUGAAAAUGAAUGAGAGAUGCAGUAUUCUUUGUUGAAAAUGAUAUCAUUAUUUUUCAUCAGUGUAAUUAAAUAUUUAUUUAUCUAGUA